AUGGCAGGCACUAUCUCAUCUAUUCCAACCGUGGACCUCAAUGACGGUACUUCGGUCCCUGUCAUUGGCUAUGGCACUGGUACGGCAUGGUACAAAAGAACAGACAGUGGAAUCAAUCGCGAGCUAGUAGACUCUCUUACGACAGCGACGAAGCUGGGCUAUCAUCACCUCGACGGGGCAGAGGUGUACCAAACGGAGGAGGAACUGGGGCUUGCAAUCAAGGAGAGCGGUGUCCCCCGAGAGAAGCUCAUCGUCACGACCAAAGUGAACACCAACAUUGACGAUAUCCCUCGUGCCAUAGAAACCAGUCUCAAGAAGCUUCAGCUGGAUUACGUGGAUUUGUAUUUGAUCCAUGCGCCGUUCUUUGCAAAGACCGACGAGGAGCUCCGAGCUGCCUGGGCAGCUAUGGAGAAAGUUAAAGAAGCUGGAUUCGCCCGAUCAAUUGGAGUGUCGAAUUUCCUGCAAAGUCACUUGGAAGCCAUCCUCAAGACGGCCAAGGUGGUUCCAUCGGUGAACCAAAUUGAGUUCCACCCCUACCUUCAGCAUGGGAAUCUGAUUUCCUACCUGGAGAGUCAAGGCAUCAAGGCAGUGAGCUUCGCAGGUCUCACACCAGCGACUCGUGCCAAAGGGGGACCACUGGACCCAUUGCUCUCGUCCUUGGCCACCAAAUAUGGAGUGGACGAGUCUGAGAUCUUACUUCGCUGGAACCUCGACCGUGGCUGUAUUGCUAUCACGACUAGCAGCAAGGAGACCCGCAUGAGCAGUUAUCUGCGAUGCUUGGCCUUCAAGUUGACACCUCAAGAAGUGGAGGAGAUCUCCACGAUUGGGGAGCAGCAUCAUUUCCGGGCCUUCUGGACGGACAAGUUUGCAGCCGAUGAUCGGUCAUGA